CACAUCGCACCACUGCGGUAGGAUAGAGAGAGAGAGAGAGGGAGAGAGAGAGAGAAAGAGUGAGAGGUGGACCUGGCAGGCAUCGUUCACUUGCUCCUGCGCGACAGAGGCGAGUGCGCGUCUCUUACUCUGCAGACUUCCUCUCACAAGGGGGGGGGGACGAUUCACCUGAGAGGACAUAUACACACACACAUAUUACGCACACAGCUCCCGGGCCAGACCCUGCAGCGACGCGAGGAGGGAGAACUUUUGGCUUAUUUGGCCCCGUAACCUUGGAAGUCAGAGACCUGUUCAUCGAGAGAGAGAGGAUGGGACCGCUGCUCCUUUCCAUCGCCCUGUGUCUGAGCGCCGCUGUCCCGCAGCGUGUGGAAGCAGCAGAUGGUGAGGAACCAACUUCAGCAGGCCCUUGCCAUCCAAACCCUUGCCACAACAGAGGAACAUGUGAGAUCAGUGAGACCUACAGGGGCGACACCUUCAUAGGAUACGUCUGCAAGUGUCCACCAGGGUUCAGUGGAGUUCACUGCCAACACAAUAUUAACGAAUGCGAAAGGGACCCAUGCAAGAACGGGGGCGUUUGCACAGAUCUGGUUGCCAACUAUUCCUGCGAGUGCCCGGGGGAGUACAUGGGGAGGAACUGUCAAUACAGAUGCUCUGGACCACUGGGCAUGGAGGGCGGGAUAAUCUCCAACCAACAGAUAACAGCCUCUUCUACCCACCGAGCUCUCUUCGGCUUGCAGAAGUGGUACCCGUACUUUGCACGCCUCAACAAGAAGGGCCUGGUCAAUGCCUGGACCGCUGCCGAGAAUGACAGAUGGCCGUGGAUCCAGAUAAACCUGCAGAGAAGAAUGAGGGUUACGGGCCUAAUUACCCAGGGUGCAAAGCGUAUCGGCAGCCCGGAGUACAUCAAGUCUUACAAAGUCGCCUACAGUGAUGACGGGAAGACCUGGAGAACAUACAAAGUCAAGGGCAAAGAUGAGGAUAUGAUUUUCAGAGGAAAUGUUGAUAACAAUGCUCCGUCGGCCAACUCCUUCACCCCUCCUAUCGAAGCCCAGUACGUGCGCAUUUACCCCCAAGUCUGCAGGAGGCACUGCACCUUACGCAUGGAGCUGCUCGGUUGUGAGCUAACAGGCUGUUCUGAGCCACUGGGAAUGAAGUCAGGCCAUGUCCAGGACUACCAGGUCACGGCCUCCAGCAUCUUCAGGACGCUCAACAUGGACAUGUUCACCUGGGAGCCUGGGAAGGCCCGUUUGGACAAACAGGGCAAGGUCAAUGCUUGGACAGCUGGACACAGUGACCAGUCACAGUGGCUACAGGUGGACUUGCUUGUGCCAACCAAGGUCACAGGUGUCAUCACCCAGGGAGCUAAAGACUUUGGCCAUGUCCAGUUUGUUGGCUCAUACAAAGUUGCGUACAGCAAUGAUGGAGAGCGGUGGAGUGUGUAUCAAGACGAGAAACAAGGCAAGGACAAGGUAUUCCAGGGGAACUUUGACAAUGACACGCACAGAAAGAACGUGAUAGACCCGCCCAUCUACGCUCGGCUCAUCCGGAUCCUUCCUUGGUCAUGGUACGGCAGGAUCACUUUGCGUGUAGAAAUACUCGGAUGCACAGAGGAGGAGUGAGGUCCUGUCCUCCAUCUUUCUUGCCAUUGUUCCCUGCCCCUCAACAUACUGGAGUAUCUCCCCCAGUAUUUUAAAAAUGAACUGUGCAACCUGUAAAAAGAAAUCAAUUUCCAAUGGAUUUUUCAAGAAUACGUGUUUGGUUGUGGUGGGUUGCUGUUUGUUCUUUUGUACAAUGAUUUAAAACCUGCCCCUCAUCCACUUUUUGUCUUUUUGUUUCUCCACUUUAAAACGUGAUCUUUGUCUUUUGAUUUCUGAAGAUUUGCCAUCCUGUUUGGAAUGAACUUCUGUAAUAUAUAUGGGCGGGAUGGGGGGUGGGCGGUGGCGGAGCCAGAAGAAGGGGGUCUCACUGUGGUUUAACCUUGUUGCCAUGGAAGCUAUUGUACAGUGUCACUUUUUAACAAAGAUGUGAAUUCUGUCUGCCGUGAUUCAUUGGACAUGAUUAACCAACGUCAUUCUACCAUAACUAAGCAUAAAAAUACGAUGUAGAGAUCACACGUGGUCACACUCUCAAAUAUAUUUUUACUUGGAUUACUACACUUCCUCAAGCCAUGCUUUUACCCUAGUGGACACUGACAUGACUACAUCAAUCAACACACUAUUAAUGCUCCUGUAUUAUAUGUAAAAGAGAAAGAAGAAAUUGCAUGGUGCGUGAAUUAUAAAUGUAUACUAUGACAAAUCAUUUAAAACCUCUAGCCCUGAGAGCUUUGAUUUAGGGACCUAUUUUUAUCUGCAUUUCUAAAUAGUUCUGAAACAUUACCACACUGCAAAAGCUUACUGAAGAUGACUGAAAUGCGAGACAAUAAACGAGCUCUGCAGUGAAACUCGGUACUCCAGCGAUGACACUAAGGCUUAUAGACUGUCUGUAGUUGAACAUCUUAAUGCUCUCAUAAGAAGCUCCCAUUUUUUUUAAAUGUAUCUCUUUGAUUAUCACUACGCUUUUUCUAUAAUUGGAAUCACUGUUUGUGCUCGUCCCUUUUUUUGUAUUUAUUUAGAUUUAGUUGUCACAGCUGUCAGAUGCAUUCAAUUAUGUUAUUUUUUUAAUGUUGUCUUGUAGAAGUUGAUUCAAUUCAAAAGCUCAGGAUAGAUGUCGUUCACAGUUACUCACAACUGUCUUAUUUUUGGCCAAGAUUUCUGUGUAUUGUUUAAAAAA